AAUUCCCCUUAGGGUUAUAAGGUGCUUUUUCAGGGCGCAUACCAAACCCUUUACAAUUUUCCUUAUAAACUAAUAUCUUAUUCUAUUCUUAUUCUAUUUUUUUUUACAUCAAUAUUAUAUAUAUAUAUGUAAUAUUAUAAGUAUAUUAUGAACGUGACAGCUCUAUAAAUGGUUUAUAAACGCAAUUAUGCAACAGUGAAUUCAAAUCAACAUGUUGAUAUCUUUAAUGAUAAUUUGAUACAGGAAAAAAGGCCUAAUAAAAGCAAGAUAUCGAGUUAUAUAUAUUAUAUAAUCUUUCUUGUACUAUUUUCUGAAAAUUCCAUAAAGUUUCCAAAAAAGUUCCUCUAAAAUUAGAAAGCUUUCACAUUUCCCCAGGUGGUCGAUUUUGUACUUUUUUCCACAAAUCUUCACAGAAUGGCUACAGUCAGAUAAGACUAAUUUAUGCAGAUGUUAUUACAGCUGCAGCCUUGAUCGUGCACAGUUGAUCGAGAGAUGACUAAUUAAUUAAUUACAAUACAGUAAGAGGUAUUGAUCAACCUAUAUUUAUCCAAUAAAUGUAUUUUAUCGGCACGGUAGUGGGAUAUAAUAUGAUUGGACAGAAAUUCUUGGUAAAAUACCACGUGAGAUCGCAGUCAGCAAAGCAGCGUUGACCUUCGGACAGGCGCCCGGUGCGGUUAUAUAUUUCCGACACCGAGUUCGCGACAUCAUUGUGCAGAAUGCAAGUGCUAGUGUGCACGUUAGCGAUACUGUCGGCGGUGGCCGCUCAUAACGACCCGCACUAUGUGCCUGGCCAUGAUGGCAUGGUACAUCUCUUCGAGUGGAAGUGGCUGGAUAUUGCGGCGGAGUGCGAGAACUUUCUCGGUCCCAUGGGAUUCGGUGGCGUGCAGGUUUCUCCAGUUCAAGAAAACGUGGUCAUAGGCCACAGACCAUGGUGGGAACGCUACCAGCCUAUAUCCUACAUCUGGCACACGAGAUCGGGUACGCCGCAGGAAUUCAAGGAGAUGGUACGCCGGUGUAACGACGCCGGCGUAAGGAUUUACGUCGACGUGGUGUUCAACCACAUGUCCGGCGAUCACAAUGACGCGAUGGGUACCGGUGGCUCGAAAGCGAAUACGUACAAUUUCAGCUACCCGUCGGUGCCGUACACUCGAAGUGAUUUCCACACUCCUUGCGCUAUCACCAACUAUCAAGAUGCGGUAAAUGUGCGAAACUGCGAAUUAUCCGGCCUGCAUGAUCUUGAUCAAGGGAUCGAGCAUGUCAGGGAGAAGAUUGUUAACUUCUUGAACGGGCUUAUCGACGUUGGCGUCGCUGGUAUACGAGUGGACGCAGCUAAACACAUGUGGCCACGUGAUCUAAAGGUAAUCUACUCUCGGCUGAAGAAUCUCAAUCCCCAGCAUGAUUUCGCCGUAGGUGCGCAACCGUAUAUAUUUCAAGAAGUAAUCGAUUAUGGUGGCGAGGCGAUCAGCAAACACGAGUACAAUGGUAUUGGCGCGGUGACAGAAUUCCGUUACGGUAUGGAGCUCAGCAACGCCUUACAUGGAAACAAUCUGUUGAAAUGGUUCGUCAAUUGGGGAGAAGCCUGGAAUCUCCUACCAUCGAAGGAUGCUCUGGUAUUCAUUGAUAAUCAUGACACUCAACGGGGCAAUUCCAACAUACUUACCUACAAAUCGUCAAAACUGUACAAGAUGGCUGUCGCUUUCAUGCUGGCGCAUCCAUACGGAAAUCCACGUAUUAUGAGCUCCUUCGACUUUACUGAUUUCAAUGCAAAUCCGCCGCAAGAUUCCAAGGGAAACAUCCUGUCUCCGAUUAUCAAUCCCGACAACACCUGCGGCAACGGCUGGAUCUGCGAGCACCGAUGGCGUCAGAUUUACAACAUGGUCAAUUUCCGAAACGCUGCGAAUCAAACCAGCAUCAGCAACUGGUGGGACAAUGGCCAAAAUCAGAUCGCUUUCUGUCGUGGAAAGGCCGGGUACAUCGCGAUCAAUGGUGAUAAGUUUGAUCUGAAGCAAACUCUAUUUACUUGUCUACAACCCGGCACUUACUGUGACGUUAUCUCCGGGAACUUGGAGAACAAUAGUUGUACUGGAAAAAUUGUAACAGUGAAUGAAAAUGGUAUGGCAUACAUAGAAAUCUUAACGACAGAGGAAGACGGAGUGCUCGCUAUCCAUAAAGAGGCGAGGUUGAGAUAAUAAAGAUAUUUGGAUGAGCAAAUCUCAACAAUUGAUGUAACAUAUCUAUUUAUAACAACUGGAUUCAUAUUCUAGACUAUUUACCUUAUUAAAUGAGAUGUAAAUAUAAUAUAGAAUAUUGUUAAUAAAUCUUUAAACAAUCUUGAGAAAA